UUCUUGCUACUAAAUGGUAGAGAAUGAUUAUAGAAAUAAUAGUCAUUGUGAGCAUAAAUCGAACGGCGUGGAACAAUCGUCUAAUGGACAAGGGGCUGGCAAAACGACUUUAAAGGGUUUAAGUCAAAUGAAGAGCAGAGGAGAGAGUAAUUCUCCUUGGACGUUUCACAUUGGCACUUGGCAACCUAACCGUCUUCCCACAAAAGAAGAAUGGAAAUCACUUUUGUUUUUCAUCUUUCGUCUUUUAAUAUCAAGGAAGUCUCAGAACGCUCUUCGAGCUGCAAUAGCAGCAGCGGGAGUUUCAGUUACCAUCUUUUUUGCUGUAAUGAGAAGUCAUAUUUUAUGUUUUGCAAAUAUUCUGGCCUACGUGGUACUAGUAAUCACUGCAAGACAUCCGCAUAUUGGUGCUGUUUUCCAAGCCAGUAUUAUCAUGUCAUAUGCAAGCUUGAUAGCUUCAAUUUUUGGUCUUGUUGGUUUGGCGAUGGCUGAUAAAAGUGGAGUCGCACUUUACUUUAUUGCUGUUGUACAGGCGGCUAUUGCAACUAUUCUUCGUACCGACACUGACCUUACAGUGAAUGGAAUCGGUAUCAAUAUCAACUUUAUCUUUGGUGCUAUCGAAAUAUUCUACGUGAAGACACCACCGUCCGAUGCUUGGCAUAGAACCUAUCCAACCCUUUUAGCGGGACAGUUGGCAGCAGUUGCUUCUUUUCUUUGUGCUUUAGUCAUAUUUCCUCUUUCAGCUAAAACUGCUCUGAAGAAGGGACUUGCACAGUCAGUUAGAGAAACAAGUGAACUUGUAUCAGAGAUAGCGACAUUACUCACAAACUAUGAGGAAGGGACUGAUACAAGCGUUCCAGGGGUUGUAGAGAAAUGUUAUGCUAUUCGUUCUUCUUUUACAGAAACUCGAGCAAUGUUAUCUUAUCUUCCAUUUGAACCAAACGUUUAUCCUCCUUGGCAGUGUGAACCUGAUGAAGCAUGGAAAAAGUUAGUUGAUGAAGCGGAAGACUUACUUUUGAAGGUAGAAUCCAUUGCAGGAGUUCUCAGGAAAGGGAAACAUUUCGCUGUAUCUAGUUUCAACUUGGAAUUCGGAGAGUCUCUUGUUUUACUUUGUGAUUUUCUAGACAGAGCUCAUUUACGGGGACUUGAAAUCGCGAAAAAAAUCGAAAGUUAUCCCAAGGUACCUCUGGAAGAGAAAGUGAGUCUAGUUAGUUAUCGAAAAGAAGAGUUAAAUAGACACAUUCUGCGUGCACGACAUAUGCAGUGGCGGUCUGCAGAUUUUUAUCAAAAUAAUGAACCAGAGACUCCAGCUUUUAUUUUUGCAUCACUUAUCUUUGUGAUAUUCAAUGCGCGUUCAAUAGAACGUUCUUUAUAUCGUCUCAAUGAUGGUUUAAACCACUUGAUGAAUGAGAGAAGAAGGCUACGCGUUGCACCUCUUCGAAACUUCUUUCGUUGGUAUCCAUUGUUAUUGAAACCAUUCAAGGCCUGGGCGAGGACUCAUAAGCUUCUUGCAGUUCCAGACAAUGCAAAGUUUUUAUUCAAAUAUGUUCUUUGCGUGGCGAUUGUUCUAUUUCCCACUCUGUUUGUCGCUCAAUUUUCUGAAAGUGAUUAUUUUUUUACGCAGCGUCACAACGCUAUAUCUGCCUAUAUUGUGGUAACCAUUCUUGUUAUGAGGGGAAUUGAGAUGACUAUGUUUCGAGUUUUUUUAUAUUUUACUGUUACCUUUGCAUCUUGUGGACUAGCUUAUGCUUUAACAGUCAUGGCACCAACAGAUCAGUAUAUAAUUGACUUUUGGAUUUUCAUUUGGACUUAUGGAGCUCUUUUAAUUGCUUCUAUCAAUCCUGAUUACAUUAUAGUAACAUUUCCUUUCUUAUUAGCGCAAUAUUUUAUUAUUGCUUGUCAGUAUGGAGAUGGGUUUACUUUUAUCUAUGCGGCAUCGAGAGCCGUCACUGUUUCCAUUGGUUGUUUUAUAGUUGCGAUAGUUUGUAUGUUUAUUUGGCCGUAUAGAACUACGGAUGAAAUCAGAAAUAAUCUAAGGGAUGUUGUACUAUUAGAGACAAGUUUAAUUGAGGGCCUUACAAAGCUAUUUCUUGAUAUGAAUACGCGGGGACUUUCUGAAACUAGUUGGAAGGAAUUGGGAGGUGAAGAACUGGAUGAGAAGAUUCACCGUGCCGAGCAGCGUCUGAUGGUUACAAGAAUUCGAUACAUUGUCGAUUUGACUCCCAACUAUAGAGAGAGCUCUAUUCCCUUUGGACUGAAUGUAUGUUUUAGUAUUCUUCGUCGCGUGAUUGUAUUUCGACAAAUUAUUAGGGCUCCUGCAGAAAUCACUGGGAAUUAUACAACUGCAGCUUAUGACCUAUUUAUAAAGCAUCUGGAAACGGAGUUGUUUGAUAUGUUACGUACAGUGAAGGAAACUGGAGACUGUAUUUCUGAGAGACUUGGAAAAUCCCGUAUUCAUCGUCCACCACCGAAUGAAAUGAUUGUAAAAAUGGAAUCUUUUGAAGUUGCAUUGGAUAAUUUUCUUGACAAGUACCGCAAAGUAAGACAGGACUUGCUGGACAGAUGGCAGGAGUACUUCUUGGCUGUAGAUAUUGGAGAGGAAGACUCCACUUCAAGUCUCUCAAGUCCUCCCGGAUUGCCUCCUGAUGACUCUGUUCGUUUUCUUGCAUGGAUAUAUUCACUCAUUCUUCUUGUUGAUACUUUGUUGAAAGUGAGUCAAGAAGUUUCACAAUUGAGAGUAGAGUCGCAUCGUAAGAGAAUUCGAAUGAUAGACUUUUUCUUCAGAAGGUCACGAAAGAAAGACGUUGUUUUAAAUGAUCCGUCUUCUGUUCAAGUUGUCGCAGAAGGUGUAAAGGGGAAAGAAAGAAAUGUUAGUGAAGAUCGUGGAGAGAAUAAGUCGAAAGGUGAUCAAAGUGAAAGAGAAGAAAGUUACUAUCAAUCAUAGUUCCUUACAUUUCACUGAUUCCUUAUAAAGCUUUUUGAAUUUAG